CAUGGUUACAGUCGUGAGCCACAGAGAUCCAGAAAACAGGAUAUGAGGGAGCGAGAGGUCAGAGAUACAAGGGAUAGUUAUCGCGAAUCUAAAGAGAAGGAACGAGAGCGUCGAGUCAAGGAGGAAGAGAAGAGGCAAAAAUCUCGUAUAGAGAGAGAAAGGUUGGAAAGAUUGGAGAGAGAAAAGGAAAGAGACAGAAUAAGAGAAACAAGGGAGCGUAAAGAAUUAGAAAGACGAAAACAAAGAGGAGGAGGAACGAGAAAAAGCAAGAGCAGAGGCUCUAUACAGACGUGAAAGGGAGAAGGGUAAAAAAGCAUUAAAACAGUCAAGGGUACGGAGUCGAAGUCGAGAACGCCAAUUUACCAGUGAUCCACACAGAGAUAAAAAAUCUCGUCAUCGUAUGAAGUCCCCAGAGCCAGAGCGGUCAAGGCCCCGUGGUCCACACACACCUGAGGAGGAAUAUCCACAUGAGGUGGAGGAUAUGGAUGAGGAGGAGGAUGAAGAGGAGGAAGAGGACCAUGUCACAUCCUCCCACGAGGGGCUUACUGAAGGCAGUGACGCCCACAGUGGCGACUCGGACGUAUCUGUCGAGGAGGAGGACAGCGAAUCUGAUUCUGAUUCAGGAAGUGGCAGUAACUCCAACAUUGGUAGCGAGGACAGCCACCAAAAACACAGUGACAUGGAAGACGACUCCCAUCAUCAGGAUCCCAUGAAAGAUAAUUUAAGGUCAAUAUUUGAUGAUGAUGAGGAAGAUGAAGAGUCGGACCCUGAGAGCGCUGCAUCCUCCGCGCACGUGUCGGAACAGCACCAGGAUGAACGAAUGUACCUACAAGACACGCCCCCGCAGUCUCCCGUGGAGCUGGCACCGGACCUCCCGCCAUACCUCUCCGCAAUCCAGGGCUGUCGUAAUGUUGAAGAGUUCCACUGUCUUAAUCGCAUCGAAGAAGGAACUUAUGGUGUUGUGUAUAGGGCAAGGGACAAAAAGACAGGUAUUGAAAUUGUUAACUACAAUAUUGUCUCGAUUUGA